AUGUCUGAUUUUUUAGCUAAUGAGUUGGCUUCUGCACUUUGUAGUGCUACGUUUGUUCUGUCAGAUUCUGAGUUGGUUGUUGCAAUAUGCUUUUGGGGUGGAGUAUCUACUUUCAUCAUGUCUG